AAGACGGGAAUUGUGGGAGUUGGUUGCCAUGAAACUGGUCAGUCUUGGAGGUCAUUCAAGUGGACACACGUCGAUCUGUGGAGUGCUCACGGUCCCAUCUUAAAUUUACUGCAGUUGAUAAAUCCCCUUCGCUCCAUCAGCUGAACAAGCAUGGCGGACAUAUUGACAAUGAUUGACAUCAUCUACCCAAAGCUCCGUAUGUUCACGGACGGAGCAAGAACAGCCGCACUCAUCAUGUACAGAUUGAAAUAUGGCAAGAAACAGCCACAACACGACUAUAUGGUGGAUCCAGAGGAAGAUAACUCUCAUUGGGGUCCAGGGGGAGAUGACUCUUGGCAAACUUGGGGACCAGGGGAAGAUAACCUUCACUGGGGACAAUGGGAAGACAUUUUGGAAGACGAGAGGGACACAAGGUUCGAUAACUCGUACACCUCCAAGCCACAGACGAACUGGUAUUCUAACUUGGAUGCGGAAUCUGAGACAAACGUGAAGAUUCCAGAUGACGCAAUCAUUCCCAUCGGAUAUGAAGUAAUGGCGGGUGAUGUGAGAACCGCCAGGAGAAAAUCAGGGAAGAAAUCUCUUCGGUCACGAAUCGUAUCGGUGAUGCGGCGGCUGUCAUUCUGUAUACCAAGAAAAACAACUCUUUAAAUAAUCUCACAAAGCUCCGUUGGAUAAAUCCUAAUAUUAUAUUUGUGAACAGAAACAGUAUUACCUUAUAUUUGAUUGUGUAACGAGAAUUGUAUUUUUUGUAUGGUCAUAAAAAUAGUUGUCUCUGUUAAUGUAGAAGUUCCAUCCCAACUGCCUGUUGAAGAUAAUAAUGUUCUAUUCAAUUGUUACUGACAAUCAAUCAACAAUGUACAUAUUUCUAUAUAUUUGUAUUAUUGUAAAUAAACAAA